UUAGAAAAAAACAAAAAGAUUUCUAAUACUUUCCUUAAAGUCGUUCCCAAAAUAUUAAAAUAAAUACACUUUAUUGAGUGUACACUAUUCAGUUUAGUUAUUGGAACCAUGUUUACCUCGGAAAGUAAGAGAGCAAAUACGACCUACGACACUGCGGGACUGCGGCAAGCCGCUUUUCUGAUUGAAACACACGAUUGAAGUUUGCGGUGUAUGUGGAGUUCUCCGGGCAUCGUUGCGCUCUUUGAAGUCUUUCUUUCCUGAAAUCGACGAAUUCCCUUCAUUUUCGCCGGCUUCAGAUAACAUUCGCCGGCCGUUCGCCGAGGCUACAUGACUGGGGAGUUUUGAAAGCCAGCGGUAAAGUGUUCUCCCCGUCUCUUGCAGCAGCGGCCAAGCCAGUCUCACAAAUAUGUUCAAAGUGAAGGUCAAGUGGGGCAAGGAGACGUUCUCGGAUGUGGAAGUGGACACCCUGGAGGAGCCCAUGGUGUUCAAGGCCCAGCUGUUCGCACUCACGGGGGUCCAGCCGGACCGGCAGAAGGUCAUGGUCAAGGGGGCUGUACUCAAGGACAACGACUGGGGCAACAUCAAGCUGAAAGACGGUGCCGUGGUUUUGCUGAUGGGGAGCAAGGAGGCGUUGCCGUCGGAGCCCGCGGAGAAACCCGUCUUCAUGGAGGACAUGUCUGAGAGCGAACUCGCCACCGCUCUGGACCUGCCGUCGGGCCUAACAAACCUGGGCAACACAUGCUACAUGAACGCCACAGUGCAGUGUCUCCGCACCGUGCCGGAGCUCAAGGAGGCACUGGCAAAGUUCCAAGGAGAGCUGUACUUGUCUCGGACGAGCGGUGUGGGUGCCCAGUCGGUGACGGCCGCCCUCCGCGACCUCUACGGCGUCAUGGAUCGGUCGGCAGUGGUGCCGCCGAUCGUGAUGCUGCAAGUCCUCCACAUGGCCUUCCCGCGCUUCUCCGAGAAGUCCGAGCACGGAGGGUUCACGCAACAGGACGCCAACGAGUGCUGGACGGAGAUGGUGCGAAUGCUGCAACAGAAGCUGCCGGCGGGAGACCAGGCGGCCACGGAAACGACGGCCGCCCAGCCGACCAAGUAUUCCAACUUCGUGGAUCAGUAUUUCGGCGGCAUCUUCGACGUCACGCUCAAGUGCAUAGAGUCCGAGGAUGAACCGGAGACGAAAACCACGGAGCACUUUCUACAGCUGAGCUGCUUCAUCUCUCAAGAUGUCAAGUACAUGUAUGCGGGUCUCAAGAGCAGACUCUUGGAAACCAUUAGGAAGAUGUCUCCAACACUGGGCAGAGACGCCGAGUACAAAAAGAUGAGCACUAUCAGCCGCCUGCCUGCCUACUUGACCAUCCAGUUUGUCCGCUUCUUCUACAAGGAGAAGGGGGCCGUCAAUGCCAAGAUCCUCAAGGACAUCAAGUUCACGAUGCAGCUGGACAUGUUUGAGCUGUGUUCGGAGGCGCUGCAGCAGAAGUUGAUCCCGAUGCGGACAAAGUUCAAGGAGGAGGAGGACCGCAAGCUCGACGUGGCUCAGAAGCUCAAACUGCAGCAUCCGGACGAAGCUACUCCCUCCAGCAAGAGGACCAAGCAGGAGCCCUACUCCUUCCCCGACGACCCGGGCUCGAACAACAGCGGUUACUACGAACUCCAGGCGGUGCUGACGCACAAGGGCAGGUCUACGUCGACGGGACACUACGUCGCCUGGAUCAGGCGGAAAGAAGACGAGUGGUUCAAGUGCGACGACGACAAAGUGUCGCUGGUCAGUGCCGACGAGAUCCUCAAGCUCUCCGGAGGAGGUGACUGGCACACCGCGUACGUCCUGCUGUACGGACCACGUCUGCUGGAAGUAGAAGAGGACCUGCCGUGUCCAUAGCUACCCAUCCUGCCACACAAGAGCACCCCUCUCUCCUUACGAUGGACCCUUUUUUUAAAAAAAGAAGAGAAUAAAGUGUCAAGUUUGAGA